CACUCUGUGCAUAAAUUGGACGAGCAGUGCAGCUCAUUAAAGAGAAAAUUCAUCGCACGUGCCAACGGAUGACUGCUGUACCGACUCUAUCCUUCAAUGUCGUGCAUCAUCGAUUAGUCAUCAAUUAGCCAGACAUCCAUACUAUACAAUUCGCGUCUUUCUGAUCGACCGGAACGGAAGGAGCUAUUUGCAAGAUAAAGACUGUCAUUUAAGUUGAACAAGAACCCGGAAGAAUGCCCUUGUUUCACAUACUGAUUCUCUGUUGCCUGGGUACAGCAGCUUUCGCUAAAUACGACUGUACAAACAAUGGUGGAUACGGCUGUAGACAGGGCGGCACGUGUCACUUCUACGGCUUCUGUAUCUGUCCAAAAGGUUUCCAGGGUCACGAUUGUGGUUUAAAAACAGAAUUCAUUUCAACCGUUAAUAGUACCGUUGAGUGCAAAAAUGGUGGAACUUGCUACCAACAAGACAAGUGUUAUUGUCCCCAUGGAUUCAUUGGCAAACUCUGCGAAAUUCCAGACACCGUGGCUAGGUGCGCCCCUGACAAGAUGAUCGUUGAGGCAUACCGGCCCCUUGGAUUUAUGGGAGAAGUUUACCUCUAUAAAAACAGGAAAUCAUGUGCUCUACAGAAAGUACCCUCCGAUAUCCCGGAUUUGAUGAAACUGGAGCGAGUAGUUCUACACAGCGACAAGACGGAGUGCUCUCUCACCCGUCUUUCAGAUACACCGAAGUUAGGUGACGUAACGAUGAAAACCACAGUUGUAAAUACACACAACUACAACCAAUUUGGACCACGUGACAACAUCAUGGAUGUUUCCUGUGUACAUACAAAUAGCUUUGAGGGAAAGACACGUGAAAUAACUGAAACAGCUUUUCCAUUCCGCAUGGUUGCCCUGGAUAUGAAUGGUGACCCAGUUCAAGCACUGGCUGCCAAUGAAAGCAUUAUUUUGCAAUUCGAACCUGUUGGUAUGGCAGAUGUUCGUGGCGUUAUGGUGGAGUACUUAGAAGUGUAUAGUAUUAAUGCAUUGUCGAACGAAGUUGUCAGCAAAACCAUCAUCGAAAAUGGAUGUGUACUCAAAGCAGCACAGCAACACUUAGAGAUACCGAUCAGGAACUACUCCGAGAUGAGUCGUGACGGUAAGGGGUGGGUAGCCCGAGUGUCCAUGAGAGCCUUUAUUCUACUUCCGGGAGAGCCUUUGUUAUUCAAAUCAAGAUUGCGUUUCUGUCCAGGAAAAUGCCACGGAGUGACAUGCGCCAUGUAAUUAGCAGCAAUAUUUGAUGAGGACAGAAAGAAAAAAAAGAUCUUCUUUAAGCAGGCAUUGCAGUACUUAUCCCUUGUUAUACAUGUACAUAAAAACUUCCAUGUUUUAAUAUGACAAGCCAUAUUCUCGCGUGACUUCUUCCCGAGAGUAUACCAGCAGCUGUGAACGUGAACAUUUCGAUCUUUUUUUCUAUUUUUUUUUUCUAUCUACAGAACAGAUGCAGAUAAAUAAUCUAACGUAAUGUGUCAUAUUGUAAUUUUGGAAUUUACUGGAUGGGUGUUAAUACAAAACUCACUAUGAAUUUUUUGUAUUCACACUCACCCAGUAAAUUAAAAAAUUACAAAAUGACAAAAGCACCAGGAAAAAUGGCCUAUAAUGGAGGUGUGACUGAUUCAGUCAUCACAUGUGAUCUACAAUAAUAUAAUUAAACACUGUCUAUUAUCAUAUUCAGAUACGAGUGUACCAUCUUUAGAAGAAAGUUGUCUAAUAAAAUUUAACACUAUUGCAAAUAGUCAUGCAGGUGCGACUUGUCGUAAGGGACACAUACAGAUCGGUCACUCAAUACGAGCAUUGUGAAUCUCUUCAAGCUAUAAUGAAAUACGACGAUUUUACUGCAUCAUCUGGUGUUAUACUUUAUAAAUAAAGUUGACCAAAAUGGUUAAUUCAUAAAAUUUAUUAUGGCAGUUUUUCGACUUGAAAAUUCAAGUUAGUUGUUUUGCUACACUCUUAUUUAGUUCAUAGAUUCUGUCCUGCUAAUAAUGCCCACAUUUAGUUAUCGUAGAUACAACGAUAAUGCCCCGUUUAUGUUGUGUGUACAUUAUCACCAUGCAUCAAUAUCAAACCACGCUGGUACUACAUACGAUUACAUGAACGACGAGAAAGUCACCGGCCCUCGAAUUCUGUUUCAUUCUUCUUUUAGUGAAAUUUAAGAUAUCGUCCACGAAUAUUUCAGCAUUGUCUAUUAUUACCACCAGACGACAGAUGAAAUACUUCAUAUUCCGUCAGAAUGAAUUACAAAAUAAUAUUAGCAGCUUCUGUCGGAUAUAAGAAUUACCAACAAGCAAAAGUAUUUGAUAUACAUUUUUUUCAGCGAAAAUUCUCCACAACAUACAUUGUAUGGUAAUAUUCGAGUAUUUGCAUAGCUUCAGAACUGUAGCUCUCUGAAAAAAUAUUGUGACGUCACAUUAUACAGUAUUUGCAUUGAUUAUUUUGUUCAUUGGAUUGCAAGAUACAACAAUCAAUUAUAUCAUGGAUGAAUAACCACCGAUCAUAUAAAUAUCAAUUGAAGACAAGAAA